CUCCUCUCUUCUACUAUUCUUCUAUUCUAUCCAUGUCGAGAAAUUGAGAGUGCCGGUUUGAUACCGCCAACGACCAGCCUCAUUAUCAGCUGAUGCUUUCUUUGUCCAUUUGUCUCGUUUCAAUCGCUACUCAGUCAGGUUCCCAAUCCAAAAAUUCGUUCUUCCGGCCGUCUUUUUCUACUUUGGAUUCGUCGCGUUUUCUUCCGCCGAACCACUUCUCUUAUCUGUUAAUCUUACUUAUUACAAGAGUUUGCCUCGUCUUGCUCCGUCGCCGCCGUCGGGGUUUUUUUUCCUGAAUCCUCAGUUACGACGCGCUCAAAGAUCGAAACUUUUUCCAGAUGGGUAGUGCUGUAGCUCAGUGCCCACAUGGGAUCACUUCGCAUUCCACCGGAAAUCUCGGUCAAAACAAGCUGGGUUAUUCUUCUCGAUGCUCCAAGUUUCCAUGUCAAUUGGAUUUCGCUCGGUUUGGCUUGCUUCAUCAAGGUUCCUCUGCCGCUUCUUCCUCUGAUCACUCCACGGAAUUCGGUCGUCGAAUAAAUGCUGUACCAGAUAUGGAUGACAUGUUCUGGGACAAAGUACCAACUCCUUUACUUGAUAUGGUUGAGAACCCUAUUCACCUCAAGAAUUUGUCCGUCCAGGAGCUGAAGGGACUAGCUAGUGAAAUACGGUCAGAACUAUCAUGUAUAAUGUCAGAGAAGCCAAAUUCUUUGAAGGCCAGUUUGGCUGUGGUAGAACUCACCAUUGCCAUACAUCAUGUUUUUCAUGCUCCAGUGGACAAGAUACUAUGGGAUGUAGGUGAACAAACUUAUGCGCAUAAAAUUCUCACAGGCAGGAGGGCACUAAUGCGCAUGAUGAGGCAAAAGAAUGGUCUUUCUGGCUUUACAUCUCGGUUUGAGAGUGAAUAUGAUUCCUUUGGAACAGGGCAUGGCUGCAAUAGUGUUUCUGCUGGUCUUGGAAUGGCCAUUGCACGCGACAUCAAAGGGAAGCGCGAUCGAGUUGUUACUGUCAUUAGCAAUGCGACAACUUUGGCUGGGCAAGUAUACGAGGCAAUGAGUAAUGCCGGUUACUUGGACUCAAAUAUGAUUGUGAUUUUAAAUGAUAGCCGUCGCUCUUUGCACCCAAAGAUCGAACAAGAGCCAAAAACUUCAAUUACUGCCUUAUCUAGUACCUUAAUCAAGAUUCAGUCUAGUAAAUCAUUCCGGAAGUUCAGAGAAGCUGCAAAGGGCAUUACCAAAAGGAUUGGCAGGGGUAUGCAUGAAUUGGCUGCCAAAUUUGAUGAGUAUGCACGUGGUAUGAUUGGUCCACAAGGAUCGACUCUUUUUGAGGAGCUUGGUCUUUAUUACAUUGGCCCUGUUGAUGGACACAAUCUAGAAGACCUCAUUUGUGUUUUGCAACAAGUGUCAUCUUUGGACUCCAUGGGUCCAGUCUUGAUACAUGUGAUCACUGAAGACAAUCAUCAAGAUGCAGAAUGUAAUGAAAAGAUCGAGUCUGACAACCCACAGGAAGGUAUGAUCACUAGUAGUCUUUCUCUAAAGCUGAAAUCCAAUAAUUCUACUUUCUUUCAUAUCUUUGUAGAUUCUUUGUUAAUGGAGGCAGAGAAGCACAAAGACAUUGUUCUGGUCCAUGCAGGAAUGGAAAUGGAACCCUCCUUUCAAGUGCUUCAGGAAACAUUCGCUGACAGGUUUUUCGAUGUGGGAAUGGCCGAGCAACAUGCUGUCACAUUUUCCGCCGGUUUAUCUCGUGGGGGAUUGAGACCUUUUUGCAUUAUUCCUUCUACUUUUCUACAGAGAGCAUAUGAUCAGGUGGUCCAUGAUGUAGAUCGGCAGAAGAUUCCAGUGCGAUUUGUCAUCACAAGUGCAGGAUUGGUGGGGAACUCCGGUCCCGUGUACUGUGGGGCGUUCGAUGUGACAUUCAUGUCGUGCUUACCGAACAUGAUCGUUAUGGCUCCAUCUGACGAGGAUGAGCUGGUGGAUAUGGUGGCUACCGCUGCCCAGAUAGACGACCGACCGGUCUGCUUCCGGUAUCCAAGAGGCGCCAUUGUCAGGACAGACCAUUUUAUGCAUCCUGGAAUUCCCCUCGAGAUUGGUAAAGGAAGAGUGCUUGUAGAAGGCAAAGAGGUGGCAUUGCUAGGAUAUGGAGCAAUGGUUCAGAACUGCCUCAAAGCUCAAGCCCUUCUUUCGAGGCUCGGCAUCGAAGUAACAGUCGCUGAUGCAAGAUUCUGCAAACCACUCGACACAGAGCUUCUCACCCUGUUGUGUGAGAACCAUAAGUUUCUAAUCACAGUUGAGGAAGGUUCUAUCGGAGGAUUCGCAUCUCAUGUUGCACAGUUCAUAGCUCUCAAUGGCCAUCUCGAUGGAACCGUUAAGGUGAUGAACAUCAGAAACUUCCAUUUUUGGUAAAAAGGUAUAAAAAAAACGUGAUUUUAAAUGUCUAUGCAAAAUCUACAGUGGCGGCCAAUUGUAUUACCCGACAGCUACAUCGAAAACGGGCUGCCUGAGGAACAACUAGCUCGAGCUGGAUUGAGCGGGCACCAUAUAGCUGCAACGGUCCUGAGGCUGCUGGGAAGAGUGCGGGAAGCUCUCCUUUUGAUGUGCUAACAGAAAUAAAAUAAACAUCUCUGUAUAUUGUUGAUGGUUGAAUGUAGUUUGGUCGCAACUAGUUUACAUAUGUGGUUUGUUUUUGGGGUAUAAAGACCUCUAAACAAACUGCUAGCAGGGGACGACUCUUCUGGGUGGUAAAGACUUGGCAAUGCAAACAUAGAAAUGACUGGUACAGAAUCAUAACGCUGCCCUAGCAAUGUAAACUUGGAAAACACGGAAUGAGCUCAACGAUAGAAAUGUUUAUUUAUGUCGCGGACCAUCGAUCAUUGCUCAG